AUGAGCACCGAGUCGUUUAAAAUCGGGCAGCGAGUCCACUCGCUCAACGAUCCGUGCCGAGUAGGCACUGUGAAGUACAUCGGAGGCGUGGAAGGGUACUCAGGGACCUGGAUCGGCGUCGAUUGGGAUAAUGACGGCGACGGAAAACAUAACGGGACCGUUAAAGAUGUUUUCUAUUUUAACGGCCGUUCACAGACCUCUGCGUCCUUUGCUCGAUCCGAGAAGCUUAGCAGUGGCAUCACUUUGCUUCAAGCGUUGGAGCUUAGAUACCAAACCACUUCAACUAAAGAUGAAGAAGAUGAAAUGUAUGUUUUGUCUGCGAAGAACAAACGUGUUUCGAUACAGCUUUUGGGAGGGGAUAAGAUUCAGGAUAAGUUGAGUCGGCUUGAUGAGCUUACGAGUGCUUCUCUUCCUUUUCUUGGUGUUAGCUCUCUUGGUGGUGUUUCAUCUGACUUGGGAUCAGUUCUACCUAAUUUGAAGUUGCUGGACUUGACUGGAAACUUGAUUUCUGAUUGGGAGGAAAUUGGUGCACUUUGUGAACAGUUACCAGCACUUACCACUCUUAAUUUGUCUUACAACUCUUUGUCAAGUGAAGUUACUUCUCUGCCGCAGUUGAAAAACAUUCGUGUUUUGGUUCUGAAUAAUACUGGACUGAGCUGGACUCAGGUUGAAAAGCUUCGGCCUUCGUUACCUGCACUUGAGGAGUUGCAUCUGAUGGGGAACAUGAUUUCUUCCAUAACGUCAACAUCAUCCUCAGAUGAUCAAGUAUUUAAUUCUCUGCGACUUCUGAACUUGGAGGAUAAUUGUAUCUCCGAGUGGAGUGAAGUAUUAAAGCUAUCUAAACUUCCAUGCUUGGAGCACCUUUACCUGAACAAGAAUAAGCUUUCACGCAUAUUUCACUCUGUAAAUGGCAAUGAAUCAUCAACGAAUAGCAGCGUGCCAUUUCCAAGUCUGCGUUGUCUUCUUCUAGGAGCUAACAACAUUGGUGAUCUGGCCUCGAUAGACGCACUGAAUGUGUUUCCUAAGUUGGUGGACAUCAGGCUUUCGGAUAACCCAAUAACUGAUCUUGCAAGAGACGGUGUCCCGAGAUAUGUUCUCGUUGCACGGUUGACGAAAGUACAAGUGCUGAAUGGGAGUGAGGUUAGAGCACGUGAGAAAAAGGAAUCAGAGAUCCGGUAUGUCCGAAUGGUGAUUUCAAAGUUCAAUAACAAGCCCGAGGAGAUUGAGCUGCUCCACCCUAGGUUUAACGAACUCAAGAAACUUCACGAACUUGAUGAUGAAAUAGCAUCAGCUGAGAACACCCGCCCGAAGAAUAUACCAUCUGGACUUAUCUCCAUUACUCUCAAAUGCGUUGGUCCAUCGAUGGGGGAAAAGACUCCGUUGACAGACAAGCUACCAAGCAGUAUGACGGUUAAGAAGCUAAAGAGUUUAUGCGAGAAUUUGUUCAAACUCAGGUCUAUCAAGCUAAGGCUAUUACUUCAUGAAGAGGGCUCACCUUUUCCUACACCACUCGAUGACGAGACAUCAAGAUUACUUGACGCUGGAAUCUACGACGGAUGUACACUUCUUGUCGACGAAGAGAGUUAA